CUUCAUGAGAUGUGACUCCCUGUGACUUACUCACUUAGCCUUCUUAGGCGUAAGUUACAUCUACGCUGGCGAUGCCCGCAUCAAAUGUACUAGAAGUAAGUUCGGUUCCACUGCUAAAUUAAAAGAAUGAAUAUUAUGAAUGAUCUAAAUAUCCUGCCUGAUCCACCGGAGACCUGGCAAGCAAAGAUCAGCAGGCUCGUUCGAGAUGUUUUUCUCCCGUAUGCAGUUCCUUACGUUAUUCCAGCUUUUCUAAGUUGGAAAGUUUCGAGAAGUCUUCAUGUUGAUCCAAACGACAAGAUUUCCUCGUUGCAAGCUGAAAUCAGGAGGUUAAAAUUUGAAAUUGAAAACUUCCAUGGCCAUAUCACCGACACACAGCAAAAAGAAUACCAAAAGCAUAUUCAGAUGAAUCGGGACCUGGAUGCGAUAUCCAACAUGCUCGAAGAACGCCAGGAUAUCUACUGCAGUCCCUUCAAGCAUAAAGAAACAAGACUAAAACUGGAGAAGAAACUCCGAGAGUAUGUAGUCGAGCGCCCCUAUGAAAGGGAGUUGAAACUUUUCAGUGGCAUAGAAGAGAUACUGGAGAAAGAUUGCCAUUGCGGAGGAAACAGAAGUGAAAAUGGCUGCCUCAUGUGGGUAUAUAUGGAAUUGUGGAGGACAAGAGCACGGCUCAAUAUGCAAGAAAAUGUCAUCCUCAAAAUGAGAGCAUAUGAUCUAAAGGAGAAAAAAAAGUAAACUGAUGGAAUAAAGACAAAAAUCAUUUUUCUACUCAUUGCCAUUGCUGUAGUACUAAUGACUGUAACUUGGCUUCGUUUGGUGGAAAAGUAGGGGAGUUUGAAUCUCUUUCCAAUUAUCUGAUAUAUACUGGAUAUAUUUUUUGACAUGACUUUUUUGUUGGAGUGUGGUAAUAAUUAAAUUCACUCAUUAAAGCGACCUUCCACAGGGUCUACGGAAUGGGAUCGCGGUACAGUGGGUAUGGUGCAUGCUGGCGCUGUGCAUGUCUUUUGGGCGCUGGCGGUGCUCGCACAAUCGACACUUUUGGCAGGGCAAGGGAACUAAGAGGUUUCGUAACAUGGGACUUGCAAGCGGGGCGGGGUGGCUUUUUAAUGGAACUUUUGUCAUUUGGAGUAUCUAGAAAACUGAAAA